AUGAGAGCAUUUCGACGUCAAUCGUGUCAUCCCGCCAAGGCGGAAGUGUUCCAGGAAUAUUGUACGAGUAGUUCCAUACACGGUGUCCAGUAUUUCGACGCAAAUGGCCGAACAUCCUGUGAAAGGUUUUGGUGGCUUGUUGUGUUUCUUCUUUCGAUGGGUGGCUGUUGUAUGUUGAUUUAUAAAACGUUCUGCAAAUGGGAAGAGUCACCGAUUAUAGUAACAUUUUCCGAGAAAACCACCCCCGUCUGGGAAAUUCCAUUUCCUGCGAUUACGAUUUGCCCAGAGACAAAGGUACAAUCGAAAAAGCUGAACUUUACAGCCGAAAUGCAAUCCCUAUUAAGUGACGUGCGCGAUGGUCCAAAUGCAUCGAUAGACCCAUUCAUAGUCGGACAGCUGAAAGUUGUGACGCAGGUUUGUCACAUAGAAGUGAACAAAGAUAACGUCUUAUAUUCAAUCAACGGAACCAAUGAGAUGGAUAUUGUGAACGUGCUAAGAAAUAUUUCUCUGGAUGAAUACCAUCUAGUACAGUAUUGUUCCUUCGACGACCAUAUCUAUGUCUGCAACCACUAUAUGCAAGAAACUAUAACGGACGAAGGGGUCUGUUACACCUUCAAUAUUGCUCCUCCAGAACAAAUUUUCCGUAAAGGAGCCCUGCAUACAAAGUAUAAAUAUAUGGAGAAUGCUCGAGUAGAUCGUUUUACAUCCGGCUUUCCCGAGUUGCCUGUGGUUCCUGUUUAUUCCAGAGGAUCUGGGAUAGGCACCGGACUUAUUUUGCAUCUCAAACAAAGCCUGUCUGACAUCGAUUACAUGUGCACAGGGUUCGCUCAGGGAUAUAAACUGAUACUGCAUGAUUCGAAGGAAUAUCCGCAAGCGUCCAAGCGUAACAUCCGUAUUCCACUCGGGCACGAAAUCAACAUCGCGCUAAAACCGCAAAUUAUAGAAACAACCGAAUCCGCUUCCUCAUACGGAUGGAAGAAGCGCCAGUGUUUUUUCGACUAUGAGCGUCAACUUCGCUUCUUCCAGCACUACACUCAGGAUAACUGCGAGCUUGAGUGUCUCACCAACAAGACGUUAUUGUUGUGCGAAUGCGUUCGGUUUUCCAUGCCCCAUGACAAUGAUACUCAAGUCUGUUCUCUUGGAACAUGGAAAUGGAACUGUAUGUUACGCACAAAAAACACAUUUCGGCCAAAAUCGUCAGCCCGUCUCUCGGAUCUCGUUGAAGAAUAUUCACAUGUCACAGGAAUUUGCAACUGUCUGCCGGCAUGCAAAUCGACACACUACGACCUAGAGAUAACCCAGUCAUCCUUAGAUAUCGAAAGGUUUAUGAAAGCCAAUUCCAUGCCGGUGGACAACAACGAUGAGAAGUACGCAUUUACAACGCUGGAGAUUUACUUCAAGGAAUCACAUUUCAUCACAUCCAAGCGCACGGAAUUGUAUGGAUUUGUUGACUUGCUGGCCAAUUGUGGUGGAUUACUGGGACUCUUUAUGGGAGUAAGCUUCCUGAGUUUGAUAGAGAUUUGCUACUUCUUGACGAUUCGUCCCUUCUCGAAGAUACGUAACAGGCAGCCGUCCAAGUCAAUUUCUAAUAUCAACGAAGCGAACAAUUUGAUUCCUGCCGUUGUUUCCAAAAACUAA